AUGAAUAUUCGCGUUACGCGUUUUACCCCCAGAUACAAGUACAUACGCGAUGAGCGCAACUUUGAUAAACAUGCUAUCACAAACGAUAUUAAACAGCUUCCUCUUAGUAUCGUUUAUUCCACUAGGGAUCCCGAGAUGCAGCUCGAAAUGCUUAAUACUUUAUUGCGCGAAUGCAUUGAUCGUCAUGCUCCGCUCAAGCGCACCAAGGUGACGCGACCACCCGCGCCCUGGUUAAAGGAACUUGACAUCCAAAAGCUCCAACAGGAUUUUCGUAACAUGCGCACUGAGGCACGCAAAGAGAAGAGUGAUUCAAUUUGGAACUAUUUCAGGGAGAAACGUAACCAGCUCAAGGCUAUGAUUGGCAAAGCAAAGCGUAAUUUCUAUUACAAAGCACUGUCGUCAGUCAAAGCCAAAGAUGUGUGGAGGGUGAUUCACCGGAUACUCCACCCAAACCCUCAGCCUCUCAGGUUUGACCCUGAUGAACUUAACACACAUUUCGCCUCUACUGCUGAGCGUGUUACUGGUGCCACGCUUACCUCUGCUAAUGUCAUCUCGGAUCUUAUCCAGUCUCUACCGGUCUCUACUGGUUUGGGCUUUUACGCUGAAGCCUGUCUCAUGUCUAGCAGCACUCAAGAAAUUAAGAUCACACUGUUCAUGUGGCCCACAUGGGAUCCCUUCUAUGAGCGCUUAGUGCUUGGUCAAAUGAGUGACUUUGUCUCCAGUGGUCCUGACAGCUUCUUAAAGGACACUGUUAGUGCAUAUAGAAAAGGUCACAGCACAACAACAAGUCUCCUUGCAAUAAAAGAUGACAUCACUAAAGCAAUGAAGCGUGGCGAAGUAACCUUAGUUGUCUUAGCCGACUUCUCCAAGGCUUUUGACACCGUUGCGUAUGAAGUUGUCUUUAAGAAACUACACCAUCUUGGUUUUUCAAAGUCAUUUUUGAUGUGGGUCACCAGCUAUUUAACAGGACGAAAGCAGUUUGUGCAAAUCGACGACAAGAGCUCUAGAUUGGCGGACUACGCCGACGACACCACGUUUUACGCUCACGCCAAACCUUGUGACAUUAGUGACUGUGAAAGAUGCCUGCAGCUCGCUCUUGAUCGGCUGUCAUCUUGGUCGGGUGAGUGUAACCUCACUCUAAAUCCCAAGAAAACCAAAACCAUGCUCUUCUCAACAGCACAGAUGGCCCAUCGUCACAAGCUCGUCGAGCGCCAAGUCCAACUCACCGUUGACGGGCAGUCUCUCGAGAGGCCACCCGAACAGGUAAAUGAAGAGAUGAAUAACAUCAGGCACAGUAAGGCGCUGAAGAACCUGGUUAAUCCCUCUUCAUCUGUCAAAGAGAAGAAGCAAGGCUUGGCGCAAAAAGGGGAGGGUUCCCCUUUUCUACAAGUAGAUCUUGGUAGCGAGAAGUUCGUCACCAAGGUGUCCACCCAAGGAGAUACGUUUUAUGGUUGGGUGACGAAGUACAAACUUAAGGCCCUGAAAGGCGGUUCAUGGUCAUGGUACCGAAAUUCAUUGGAUGAGAUACGGUACUUCGACGGAAACUAUGACAGGAAUACAGUGGUAUCGCACCAUUUGCUCCCGUCUGUACAAACUAGAUAUAUUCGAAUCUACCCUGUAAAAGUCAAUAUUGAUAACUAUGGGGGUCUCCGUGUCGACUUCUUCGGCUGCCCAAUCGUUGAAUGUGGCUCAAUAGAGAAUCCUUGCUUUCUUAAAUGCAAAUUUUACUGCGACAACAAAGGCGAUAUCAUUGUAAAAGCAGGAGCAGAAGGCUAUGCUACAAUAUUCAGUAAUUAA